AUGGCUCGACCAGCCCGCUCCAAGGCGGCUCCGAAGGCCUCAUCUCCCUCCUCCACCGCUGCCACUGCCACUACUAUCGCAGAAUCCAAAUCCAAAUCCAACGGUGUUGUACCUCGCAAGAGAACCGCUGCUGCUGCCUCCGCCCCUGCUCCUCCUACGAAGAAGCCCGUGCCAAAUCCACGCUCUAAAAGGGCCUCCGCCACAAAUGUCGCGCCCUCCUCCAAGGACGACACUCCUGAAAAUGAUAUGGAGGUCGAUGCCGACGCCGAACCCUCCGCUGUCUCCGAUCGCGACUCUGAUGCUGCAGAGCGCCCUACCAAGAAGGCUAAAGUUGCUAGGCCUUCAUCCGCUGACGCCGAGCCAAAGAAAUAUGUUGCACCCGUUCCCAAGGCCAGAAACAUCAAGGUUAUUCGCGAACGCUCCGCCGCAAAAAUGGAUAUCUUUGUCUUUGGCAAAGGCGAUAUGUGUGAACUCGGCCUCGGCCCUGAUGCCAAAGCUCGAACUGUCACUAGGCCUCGUCUCAAUCCCUUCCUUCCUACCGACACCGUUGGUGUCGUUCAGGUCGCCGUCGGUGGCAUGCAUACAGCUGUCCUAACCCAUGACGGAAAGAUUUUGACCUGGGGCGUUAAUGAUCAGAACGCCCUCGGCCGAAACACUUCUUGGGAGGCUCCCGAAGUUGAUAUCGAUAGGGCAGAUGCCGAUAACAGUGACAGCGAUGACGAUGAUGAUGAUGAUGCUCAAAUAAACCCCCUCGAAAGUACCCCAGGCCCCGUCGAAGGCCUCCCCGAUGAGGUCAACAUUGUUAGCAUCGCGUGCUCAGAUAGCCUCACCCUUGCCAUCACAGAUACUGGUUUCGUCUAUGCCUGGGGAACAUUCCGAUGCUCCGAUGGGAUCCUCGGGUUUAGCGAAGAUCAGCGUAUUGCCAUUCAUCCGUUCUUACUUCCCAAUCUUAAAAAUAUAGUCGACAUUAGUGCAGGUGUUGAUCAUAUCCUAGCUCUCAGCAGUACUGGGACCGUCUUCGCGUGGGGUAACGGCCAACAGUAUCAAUUGGGCCGUCGUGUUAUUGAAAGAACUCGUAUGAACGGCCUCGUCCCUCGAGAGUUCGGACUCAAGAAGAUUGUUGCUGUUGGUGCUGGCUCCUACCACUCCUUCGCCGUUGAUGCUAGUGGCAAGGUCUGGGCCUGGGGCCUCAACCAAUACGGCCAAUGUGGGAUAGAUCUUGAAGGAAAGACUGGAGAAGACGGUGUAGCCGUCCCCAAACCAACCAUCGUUAAGAGUCUUGCCAAAUACAAGAUUGUUCAGAUAACUGGUGGCGAACAUCACUCCGCAGCUGUCACAGACGACGGCAAGCUCCUCACAUGGGGCCGUCUAGAUGCAAACCAGCUUGGCAUUAAAGCUGAAGACUUGAAAUCUGAGUAUACAGUGUAUGAUGAACACGGGAAGCCACGUUUCAUCACCGAGCCCACUGUUGUUCCCAACUUACCUUCCAUUUCCAAAGUUGCCUGCGGCACUCAUCACAACAUUGCAAUUGAUGUUUACGGCAAAGCUCACAGUUGGGGUUUCGGAGAAAAUUUCCAAGUCGGCCAGGGGCCUGCCGGAGAGGAUAUUCUUAUCCCAACGCUGAUCGACAACACAGCAACUCGCAACGAAAGGCUCAUAUUCGCUGGCUGUGGUGGUCAGUUCAGUGUUAUGGCUGGUCAACCCGCAGGUCCCAAAGGGAGCCUUACCCUCAACGGUAAAGACAGCCAGGCCAAUGGAGCGAAAUGA